AUGAACGAAUAUUUCAAGCGCAAGUCUUCGGAAUGGAAUAUUUCGGACUUUUUGGAAGAAUGUGGUAUAGAAGAAUUUAAGCAGAAAAUAGAAGUUUACCUUACGUCCCUCAAGACCAUCGCUAAUACUCAGCAAGACAAAAGGAGCGAACGAGCACAAGAGUUGCUUGAUAAUUAUAAAAAAGCAAAAUGGCCAGAUUAUAAAUUGGCACGAGAUUGGGAGAAAAAUCACAAUAAACCAGCCAAAGUCGGUGUUCACUUAAACAAUUCAACAAUUACGGCCAUCAACAGCAACAUUGGGAGUGAAAGUUACAUCGGUGGAACGGUAAAUGCCAGAGCUUUGCUUAGGAAAUUGCCUCAAAAAAGAAAAUCGGCGAAUGAAAGCCAGGCAGAACCGGAUGAGAAGCCGAAAAAAAAAUCCACCCGAUUCACGAAUAAUAGCAUUGAUAAUCACGAAAUCGAAGAUCAUAAUGAAGAUGAUAAUGAAGCUGAAGGUGGGCAAGAAAUCAACGACUUUACCGAUUUUGAUCUUGCCUACCAGAGUCUAAACCCAGCAAAAAUGUGGACCCUUGAAUCAUCUGGCCGUAUUGUUGAGAAGAUCAUUUAUGAACAUGCACGAACUUUAAAGCAUGAAUCUCAUUUACAUUCCUUUAUUCUUAACGAUGUCGAUAAGAAAGCACAAUCAUUAUUCCGAAAAGAAGAGUGGGAAGAAAUAUUCUCUUUAAACCUUAAAGUUGUACUGAAAUUCGAUAAAUCAAUUACUGAGCUCAUGAAAAAAUAUUCGGUAACUAAUUUACCCUCAUUUCGAAAAACCAUCUUCGAACCCUUUCUACCACCCGGCAUCUCAUACUCCAACGAGGAACAUUUUUACUUAAAUUAUAUUAACUAUGCAUAUCGUGCAAUACACACUCUUUGGGAAGAAAACGAAAACUUUACUAUGAAUCCAUCAUCAAGAUUGGAAGGGUGGUACCAACACAAUAUAUGGAGUCCCAUCAUUGACCCAGCGUUCCAUAAUUUUGAGAUUGAUCUUAUACGUGGGGAAGGCUCAAGUAUGGCAUCUAGUGAUAGAAAAAAUGAUGACACGGAUUGUGAGGAAGAUCGAAAGAAGAUCGGAAGGAAAGGAGAUGGAGUGUUUAGAUUGAAUGGAGAUAGGUUGGAAUUUGAGGCUAUUGAGGCCGGAAAGAAAUGGGAAGGAAAAAACGGAAAAAAAUACAUUACUGACAGCUUGAAACUUAGUAAAAUGCUUAGGGAUAUGCUAGUGCAACUUGCAAAAGAAUGUAAUAAUGAUGAACAAAUUGUUAGGAAAUUACAGACCGUUGGGAUGUUACAUAGUGCCAAUCGAUUUCAACUCCUUACUUUGGAUGCUCCAAAGGGAUAUAUUUGUCGAAUUCGACGUUUUGACUUUCACGAAGUUGCUAGUCAUAUAAAUAAUCCACCAUUAGCAUUUGUGCUAAAAGACAUUUUAAGAGCAAAGGCAAUUAUUAAACAGACAUUAGAAUUAGUGCAAGAAAAGAAAUCUGAUCUUGAUGAUCUUGAUGAUUUUGAUAACGAUGGAAGGGAAGUUGAUAGAUCAGGACGGUGUACAACUCCUCCAACAAUUACUUUAAACAAAACCCACAAGACUCCGGAAAAAAAACA